AUGAAUCAAGAACUGACUUUUCGUAUCGCCAGGUCGAGUGACUUCGGCGAAAUUCUGAAAUUGUCAGAGGGAAUCUAUGAUGGACACGACUAUCUGCCAUUAAGAUACCAAGCAUGGAUGAAUAUGGACAAGUUGGACGUUAUGCUCGCUUAUAUUGGUGAGAAGCUUGCAGGUUUGGUUGCGUGUUCCGUCGUCGAUGAAGGAAGAACAGCGAUUCGUCGAGCAGGCCGUACUUUCGCGGAAUUUCGCGGACAGGGUGUUUAUACCCAGCUAUCAAAAGCAAUGAAUGAGUUCAUACAAAGACGCUAUCCGAGCGUUUAUCGAGAACGAUUCACAACUGGGAAAAGCUAUUCCUCGCAAACAAAACUUCUUCAGUUGGAUAUUUUGAGCUCGUAUUGUAACAAGAACGCUUUGCACUUACAUCCCUUUUCCACAACCAUCCAGAUUGAGGCUUGUACUAAAGAGUACCUUUGCGAUGUUAUCUUUUCUCGCCCUGUAGCACAUAAAUUGUUUCCAAACAAUUUACUAGUAAUCGAGCAUUUCCCUAUAGAGCCUCUAAGAUCAAAUAUCGAUUACCUGCAGCAAGAGAUCGAUUUGUAUUUCGCCGUCGAGAAAUGCAGCGAUAAUGAUUUUCCAAGAUCAGUCAGCUUCGGAGUAUUGUCGCCAAGAGUAAAAUUUGUGCACUGGUCGGUGAAUGUUUACACCAGUGAUCCAGUUCUGUACGAAGCACAUCUUCUGCAUCAAUUUCAGCGAGCCCACGAAGUCAUAAAAGGAGAUUUCAGUUUCGACACGUUUCAAGACAGAAGUUUGACAAACCGGGGAAAAAGAGUGUUACAAGAACAAUUACAACAACAGUUAGAUGAAGAGACGCCGAAAACGUCAGCGAAGCUAUAUGAAAAGAAGUUUUCACGGCCUUAG